AUGCUUCUUCGCCUAGUGAAGUGGGACUUGUCAUCUCACUUGGAUUACCCUGAGCUGCAGCGUCUUCGUUGCCUGGACCUUGAGUUUAAGUCUGCUUGCGACCCCAAGCUGUGCCGAGCUGCAGCAGGCUUUGCCCAGCGGCGGGUGGUGCAGCCCUUGCUGGAAGCGGUGCUGAAGCCCGGGCGAUGCACAAUCACGGAUCUCAUCAGGUACUACACAAAGGAACGCCCGGCCUGUAGCUAUAUCUUGAAAGCCAAGAACUUCAGCAUUCCAGCAGAGGAGGCCUUUCCCCGGGUGCCUGGAACGACACACUCCGCAGAGCUCUGCGUAGUGGGGCUGCGGAGUGAGGAUUCCGCGCGCGCGGUGGCGGAGCGACUACUGAGGAUGUUUCAAGAGCAGUGUCUCGCAUGGCGCGAGAACCCAGACACAGUGAUCAGGGGCUCUUUCAUUGGCCCUGAGCAUAUGCCACCUCGGACCUUGGAGCGGCCCGGAUGGCGUAACUGGGCCUCCUUCACAAAUCAAUUUCCAUGGAGAGACGCCACUGCUGAGGAGACGCAGGGGCCAGCCUUUCGAGCUUACUGCCUGCGGAGUAAUCGACAUAUCUAUGAGGAGACGGAUGGCAAAUGGUUCAGUCGAAGUAACGAGACUUUGAAGAAGCCCAUCGUGGUACCUGCCGGACUCUACUUCGAUUCUGAGCUCAUACUCACAGCUCGAUAUUUCUCAACCAUGAAGUCCUAUGCCGAUCACAAAGCCUUGACGGUGAAGCUUCGCUUCCUUUGUGACGAUCUAGUGCUGCAAGCAGCCAUCCAAGAGCUGCGAGCCUAA